UUGUUUCACGUGAAGAAGAAAAAGAAGAAACUGUUACAGAAACUGUUAAAACUCAACAAAUUGAAACAACAUUUCGUCAAAUUGGACAACAUCUUGAUGAGAGUGCAUUUUUUAUUCCGCUUGCAUCAUCAAUUAGAUAUCAUGAAGGACAAGAAAAUGAUGAUAGAAAAAUAAUUAUUCCAGUAUCAACGUCAUCUGUGUCUCAUGAACAAAAGCCAGCAUUAGAACAUUUUUAA